AUGCCAUCUAAGAGGCAUCUAGAGAACAGAGGCCGCCGCCGCCGCAAUGCCGUUCAGCUCAAUGAUUUCUUGCGCGGCGAUGAAACAACCCCAUCUUCCAAUCAGUCGCAGGCCCGUACCAAUGAGUCCAACAAAAACGUUCAAAACGCAAGCUCCAUAGGCACUAUCCCUUUGAACGGCCCUAUCGAGAGCGAUGUGACUCCUGUUGUGACAACACAGCAGAGCGUGGAUCAGGAGAAGGCAUCUCCCCAAGGGCAGCAAAAAGCUUUAAAACCAACUGUGAACGUGUGGCUCUCGCCUGGAGAAAAGGCUCAGCCCGAAGCCAACUAUAACGUGGAUACAAAGGAGUAUCCGGGUUUGGGACAGCGCUCGAAGAGAUCGAAACAGCCGUCGCCGCCUGGGCCGAAUUCUGAUAAUGAUGACGCCAUCUUUGCGCCAAAUGUUGGUCAGCGUUUUCGAGGUCGUCGCGGUCGCGGAAUCGAACCACCAGUUCUGGCUAACUUCCUUCCGGAAGCAGUGCUUCCGACAGUGGUCGGCAACAAGCAGCAAACUGUGGCCAAGUGGCUGGCUUCAGUGCAUCCUGGCUACAACGACCUGACACGCAACUCUACUCCAUGCAAGAUCAGUUUGCUGAAAAGGGAUUCUGCCCCACAGCACGAGCGCAAUGCAGGCCAGUCCCCUCAGAAGGAGAAUAAAAGUACUGCCAAAAACAUUCAGCAGAAUACUCCGGGUAACGCCUCACAGCAAAAGAAAGCUACUGGUACUGCCAAUCAGCAGCAGCCACAACAGCAGGGAAGCGGUUCGGCUAGUCCUUCAUUGCAGCAACAGAAGAGUCCAAUAAAUUCUGUUUGGCAGCAGCAGGGAAGCUCGGGAAGUGCUCGCCAGCAGCGGCAGAAAUGUCAAGGGAAUUCUGCCCAACAGCAGCAGAGGAAGCCCGCUGGUAAUCCAGUUCAGCAACAGCAGAAGAGUCCUGGGACCACUGUGGGCCCAACCAAGCAGCAGCAGCAGAAGACCCCCGACAAUCCCUUACAGGAGCAAGAGAGAACUCCGCCGAAACUGCAGCCAAAGUCCACUGCUAAUCCAUUUAAGCAACAUCAGAAAAAUUCUGGCAAUCCUUUUCAGCAACAACCAAAGUCUGCAGCCCAGAAGAGUCCUGAAAGGGCUUUGCAGCAUCAGCAGAAAGGUCCUGGAGGCUGUUCCCAGCAGCAACAUCAGAGGAGCCCUGUCAGGCAACAGCAGCAGCAGCAUCCGAAGAGAUCCGGCCAUCCCUUCCGCCAGCAACCAAAGAGUCCUGAAAAGACACCACGUGAUGACGAAAACGUUGAUUCGAUGCCAGACCACGAUUUCACCGAUCAACGCAGCCAGCCGCCGACUCAGACUUCAUUUGCGGGUAACAACAGCGCCGACGAUGAGGAUGACGACAUAGUGCCGCCGACACCAACCUGUCAAAGCCACAGAGUCAUGUCGUGGAGAUUUCCUCGCAGCAACAAUACCGUGCGGCUAGUGCGAAGCCUUCAGUCGCUGAGCCAACAGUUCAUGCAGUCCUCGCCGGAGGAGUCGCAGAAGGAGCAGGCGGUGCCGCGCCAGCUGCAGACAUAUGUGCAGCGGCAAAUAAGCCCGCACCAGGUCAAGCGCCUGCCAGCGAACCAGCCAAUCCGGCACAUCCGACAGUUGGCCAUGCGCAGCGCGUUGAACUCCAACGCUCAGGAGUUCCGGCCCAGGGAGCACCGCGUGGCCAGCGGAUCGAAUCAGCAGUCGCAAGUGGCCUUGGGGCUGCCGGAGGAAGAAGAAGAGGAGGAGGAUGAAGAUGAAGAUGUACCAAUGCAACCCUCGUCCCGCCCGACCAGAUUGAGCGCCUCUUCGCGACACCAGAGACGUCGCCGUCGCCAGCGAUUUCUGCGCACCCUAAAGAAUGCCACGAAUCUGCUGCCCACGAGCACCCCGAGUGUUGGCCUGUUGUCGCCACCCAUGAUGCAGCCCAGCUGCACCUGCAGUACACCGCCCUUGUCCCAAGUGCACCGUUACGCUCCUGCAAGUGCCCCGCAACCCCUUGCGCAACAACUGCCCCAAUCCGUCUUGCAACCCUAUUCGCAACCCCUAUCGCAGCCACCCGUACUGCAAUCCCUGCCGCAAGCCAUACCACAACUCCAAGUCCAGCCGCCAUUGCAACUGCUGCCCCAUACCCAAAUUCAAGUGCAGCCACCAGCCAACAUUCCAGUCCAGGUCAUGAUACCACCAGAGACUAUCAAACUGAGUGCCGGCAGCAAUCCGCCGCCCGUGAUCUUCUACAACCCACAGUCGGGGAAUGUUUGGAGCAACCCGACACCACAUAUUCCCAUCGAGAUACAGAGCAGCCUUGCCAGCCAGUCGGUUUUUCGGCUUGCCAGCCUCCCUUGCACUGGUGUGGGCACCCCCAAUACGGGUUCCUUUACGGAAUGGUCGCCCCCCAGCCAGCUCCUCCACAGCCCGAGCUGCCUCCCGUCCAGUAUUUCCGGCCCGAGCCAGUUGCAGUUCUCCCAUACGCUCAGUUCGCCCCCACCGGUGGAGGAGCAGCAGCGGCAGGAGGAUCCGCUGGAGUCAAGUACCUAUCAGGACGAGGACCUAUUGUUCAGCAGGCCCCUGUUGGAUAUGGACCGCGAGGAUACCCAGCCGGAGGAGGGGGAGGAGUUGGGGUUGGGGGAGUACGGGGAGUGCCAGGGUCCCCGGGAGUGGGAAUGCGGAUCGGGGUGGCAGUCGGAGUCGGAGUUACAGGCCUCUCAUCCGCCGGUCGUCGACGAGCCUCACGGCGAUCCAGACGUCGUCGUCGCAAAGCACACAGGACCACCGCUCGAGCGUCACCAAAUAUUCCGUGCCCCACCGCAGCACGGUCAUAAUUAUCCCAAGCCAGAUUUGAACUGCGUGCCAUCCAGCAUCAAGAAGCUGUAUCACCUGAUUUCGUCCCAGUACUCCGACUACUCCUUUGUCUACGCGCUGAGUGCCCAGCUUAGCCAAGAGUGCGUGCCCAUGGACUGCUACGUUUACCUAAAGAUGGUGCUGCUGGCCAGCAUCGUUUCGAUAGAGACCGAGGAAGUGCGUGCUCCGGUUGCGCUGUGCAUCAUCGCCACCGACAGCCUAAUGGCGAAUCGCCUCAUGAACAAGGUGGGCCAACUGGCUCCGCGUUUCCUGGGCCCUCACGACUACGGACUGCACCCGACCUUCAGUGCCCUGCCCACGCGCUUCAACUGGGUGGUGGCCUGUCCCUUGCUGAUGGCCCAGCAGGGUGUUUACUACGUUGGAGACUGGACGCGUCUCACCAAGGACCAGGGGUGCCAGCUGGAGAAGUGCAUCGAAAACGGAGCCGUGCCUGUGCCGCAGUUGCAAGUCGAUCAGCCCUUGGAGGCAGCCGUCUGGACGCACUGGCAGCCGGAGAACUCCAGCAAUCAGGCCCUCGUCCUCUCCAAGCUGUGCCCAAUAUUCGGCCUGCCCAUCUAUAUGGGUGAUCAGGUCAGCGAGAGCCUCUGGAACUUGAUAAUCCACCAGCAUAGCGCAGAGGGACAAAAUACUGUUAACGAUGGCUUGAACAUUCACGAGGACGACUUGCGUAUGCUUAUCCACCUGCUGCAUCAGCGCAAGACCACCUUUAGCGAUGGGGCUCAGCAGAUGCUGCAGAAGUACUACGUGAUCUCCAGGAAGGAGCGACCAACUGUCUUCACCAGCAAGACGUACAUUGUGCUGAAGCAGUUUGCCGAAUCGUUUGCCAAAAUGGCCCUGCGCCUGGAGGUCCUAGAGUCCGACGUUUGUGUGGCGAUCUUCCACUGCGAGCACUUUGUGCAGAGUGUUUUCGGGACCAACGAGCACCUUGCUCCGCCGGCGGUGAUCAACUUCAGUGUGAUCGCGCGCAUCGAUCCGUACAUGAACGAGUUCGCACGCUGGCUGCUCCAGUAUCUGGAUCGCUACGAGGACGAGGAGCUAGGGAUGCAGCCGGCCAAGCGGCGACGCACCGAUAGCUGGGGCAUGCCCUAAGCAUUUUGGGAAAAUACCACACUCUUUAAUACUACUCUUAGAUUUAUGAUUAUAGCUUUCUGGAACAUUUUGAAUACGUUUUAUAGUUUUAUACAGAUGAAUUUACAACAUUUGUGUUUGUAAACAAAAACGGCCCUGGGCCCAAACAACGCUACCUCAAAUGUAUUCACUAUAUACGUAAAACGAACUGCCUGAAACGUUCUCAAGCAACGUCCAAAUUUGUAAACACCACUUUUGCACACAUUUUCACUUGAUUCAUUCGGUAUAUGUUUUGUGUAUAUCGCCUAGCGAUCGCGAAUAGCUCCUAAAGUUCUAUGCGCGAUAAUCAAAAGCCUUCGUUUGAAUAAUCUUGUAUCGCAUGUUAACCGCUGUUAAUCAUCCAUAAUAAUUUUGACAUCUUUCGGAAAACUCGAAAAAUUCUUCAAAAUUGGUUUCGGUUAAAAUAUGCAAAUUAAAUAUGUGCCAAGCGAAUACAUUCCUUUCCUUAAUAGUGCGUAACAAUGUGAUAAAGGAGAAUAUUUCUCUGGAUAAAUUAAAACCUGGGAUUAGCUUUAAUGCGAGCUGUGAAUAGUUGUUAAAGCUCUAAUAUAUGUAGAGGACAAUUUUUUUUUGGUAAAAAUAUUAAAUUAAAUGUGUGACCAAGAGAA